AUGGGUCAUGUCCCCUGGAAGCAGCCAAAAAUGGUGGUGAAUGCGCUGAAGAUAUGGUGGAACAUGGUGAACACGCCUGGCUACGUGUCGCACACCUGCAGCCGCGUGCUACGGCGCAGUUGUGGCCUCUUUGAGGAGAUGAUGACAGAGGGAGUCAAGGAUGUCCCCAGCUAUGGUGACCAGCUCUUGGUUACCGUGCGCGACCUGAGCUUGGACCAGAAGGAAGCGGAAUAUGCAGCAUGGGCAAACCCAGUGCCUGCGGACCUGAAGGAUACCAUGAAGCAAGCGAAAACGCUGGAGGAGAUGCGCAAGAAGGGCGUGGUACCUGCCGUCGGCCUGGGUCCACCCAAGGAGGCUCGCGCCCUGGGCUUCAUGGAGACCUACCUGGUCUGCGAGGCCGAGAACGGUCAGUGGGGCCACGUGCACUUCACGGGGCCCGAGGGCUACGAGGCCACAGCCAUCACCUGCGCCAUGGUCGCCCUGGUACUGUUGGAAGAGAAGGAGGCCUUGUCGGUUAGCGCCUGUGGUGUUCUCACACCUGCCGCGGCACUGCACGGCAGCAGCUUCGUGGAACGAGUGCAGGCCCCGGCGGUGGCUCCAGAAGCCGCACAUGGCUUUGCAAAGACUGGCCCGAAGCUGUGCUUUGAGGUCCGUGAGGGGAAACCCAGCGAAGAGGAGGUGGUGGCCGCAUUGACCAUGGCCGCAAAGAAACGGCAAAAGGUCAAUGAACGGCUGGAAGCAGGUCUCAAGGCCAACGAGUGUUUGUUUGAGUUAGUGGCCAAGAAUUGUGGAGCCUUCCAUUCUGAACCGAGACUUGCACGACAUCAGAAAGAUCCGCGCGGCUGGUUCCUACAGGUGAUCCUGGGCACCUGGCUCGUGGGCUACGCCGGCUACGCCUAUUCUGGUGGAACUUUUCGGGUGCAACGCCGGGCCGUGGAAACGGAGGGUGAGAAGGCCGAAAAAUUGUGGACGCUCGAAGUUGGCUGUACGGAUCACUACGUCUGGAAGGACAAGGACGUCUUUGUUGGCAUUGUGGCAGAUGCGGGAGAAUGGACUGUGGACCUAGAUGCCGUGCGUAACGGCUUUGAGGAGGCUUGUGACAAGGGCACGGCUGAGAUCUUUUCGGCUCCCUUGCAUGUGGUCAAGGCUUACGUCAAGGAGCUCACAUCCUACGGUCUCGCUGCCAGGGCCAAAGAAGCGACGAGCGACGUGGAGGGGGGCGGCUACCAGCGCCGCGAUUUCAAGGCCAGCUGCGUUCACCACAGCAGCCCUCUUCAGGCCCGCAAAAACGGCCAUCUCCAGGACCUCUCACCCGAGCUGAAGGAAGGCGCAAGAGAAGACGGGGUCCUGCAGGCCGAAGCUUCCGGAAAGCCCUUGCAGAUUGUGCUGGAGAAGAGUGAUCAUCCUUGCCUCUCCGGGGAGAAGAAAGCCAUGUCAAAGUUCAAGGCCUACGUGGAGUUGGCCACCGAUGCGGCACAGCGAUGGCUGCCGCCGGAGAACGAAGUGAAUCAGUGCUAUGUAAAGUUGGUGGAACAAGGGAAGGCAGUGUUGUUGAAAAGUUUGACCGCUGAAGCAGCGCAAAGGGCCUUGGACCAACUCACUGCUUCAGGCUUUGUGGCCAAGGUGGAGCCAAUGCCGGACAAAGCAGCUUGA